CACGGAAGCUCGUUUGGGUGACGUGGCCACCUUUAGCAGAGACAUGGAGCCGGAGGAUCUGAACCCCGCUGAGACUCCAGAACCUCAGCAACCACCAGAACCACCAGCAGAACCUCAACAACCACUAGAACCCCCAGCCGAACCUCAACAACAACCUGAACAGCAGCAGAGUUCGGACUGGAACUGGGGUUUCUCUUUAGAGGAGAUAUUCAGACUGGCGCUGAAGUUCUUUAAAGAAAUGAAUGGAAAAGCCUUCAACCCGACAUAUGAAGAAAACCUGCGCUUGGUUGCACUUCAUAAGCAAGUUUCACUCGGGCCCUUUAACCCCAAUACCAGCCCAGAGAUCGGGUUCUUUGAUGUUCUGGGGAAUGACAGACGGAAAGAGUGGGCACGGCUGGGCAGUAUGGCGAAAGAGGAUGCGAUGGAGGAUUUUGUGAAGCUUCUAAACUCCUGCUGUAGUCUAUUUGCACCAUAUGUCACUUCGCACAAGAUCGAGAAGGAGGAGCAGGGGAGGAGACUAAGAGAAGAGGAGGAGCGUCUCCGUGCGGAACGAGAGGAGCAGGAACGACAGGAUGAGGAGAAAAAACGACAACUUAAACUGGAGGAGGAGAGGAGGAAACAGGAAGAGGAAGUGAGGAGGAAACAGGAGGAGGAUCUGUUACUAUUGUUGGAGCAAAAACAGCAGAUCAUGGCUGCAUUAAAUGCACAGACAACGGUGCAGUUCCUGCGGUAUGCACAGCAGCAGUUCCCCGACAGCCCGGAACAGCAGCAGUUACUGAUCCAGCAGCUUCAGGAACAGCACUACCGCCAGUACAUCCAACAGGCCUACCAGGUUCAGCAGGUGGAGCAGAAACAGCAGGACUCUGCUGUAACUCAGGCCUCUCAGGUAACAUCUCAUUCAGACGAUAUGGAAUCAGUAAAAAAUGCCAUCAACCAAUCAGAAUCCCAGAGUCCAGAGCCCAAACCAUGCCAUUUAUUCUUAGGCCGCAGUCCAGGAGAGGUGGCGGUCCUGGCACCCUCCAUGUGGACGAGGCCUCAGAUAAAAGAAUUUAAGGAGAAGAUGGCCCAGGAUGCAGAGUCUGUGAUCACUGUGGGCAGAGGGGAAGUGCUGACUGUGCGGGUGCCCACUCACGAGGAUGGCGCGUACUUGUUCUGGGAAUUCGCUACGGAUCAUUACGAUAUCGGUUUCGGUUUACACUUUGAGUGGCCCAACUCAGACGGGACGACCGCCAGAACGUUACCGGAAUCUGCUUCAGAAAACCAACAGGCUGGUGGAGCUGAGGAGGAGAAGGACCAGUCUGAGAGCUGUAAUGGAACCAGUGUUCCCAACGUGACCGAGGUGGUUCCCAUCUACCGGCGGGACAGUCACGAGGAAGUGUACGCAGGAAGUCACCAUUACCCCGGACAGGGAGUUUACCUGCUUCGAUUUGACAACUCUUACUCACUGUGGAGGUCAAAGGUUGUGUACUACAGAGUGUACUACACAAGAUAGACUCGUACUGAACUCAGAACAAGCAGGUUCUGACCCAACUGACCCAGAACUUUAUAUUAUAUAAACAGUUAUAUAAUAACUAACACUACGGUGUUUUGCACAGAGAUCAGAACCUUUAUUUUCUUUUUAAUAAGAAAAGCUUAGGCCACAGUUCUGCUCCAGCUGCUUUUUCACUGCAGGUCUGAACGGGUUCGAGUUCAGAGUAACGGUUCUGAGUUGUAAGUAAUGGUUCUGGUGGAUUUUCAUCACAAAUCCAUUUCAGUACAGAAUUUGUACAAACUGCUGGGACUGGUUGUCCCUAGACUUUAUAUCAGUCCCAAAAACUUUCGUUAUGAUCCCGAGCCAAAUUAAAACCCCACAUUAUUUUAGCAAGUAGAUUUUAGUUAAAACUGAACUUUUAUCUACAGUUCUGAGAUGUAGGUGCCUCUACAUCCUGAUUUCUGACCCAGAAUGUUUCUAUUGUUUCGCCUGCCGUCCGCAUCCACAUCCCCACACAGUUAGAAAACUGCACUACAGCAUGUCUGAAGCACUGUAUAAUAUAUUACUGUUACAGUGAGUGACUGAUUUUGAACACAGCUGUGUCCUGAUUAAAUAAUGCCACAAAAGAAAACAGAAACUGAAACAGAACGGCUUCAGUAUCCGUUUGGUCCUGCAGUGGAAAAGCGGUGAAGGUGCUCAGAUGAACAGUUCUGAUCUAGAACUGAAGAGCUGCUGUGGCACAAAUAGCUGACAGUUCUAUGGUGGUAGUUUUAAUGUUAUGGCUGGUGUAGAAGCUUCUGGUUACUGGCAGGUUAAAUACACAAGAUUAAAUAGUUUAAACAGUUCAUUUGAAAUGAUAAUUAAAUGAAGGACAAUGGGUUUAAAUUCCAGUCAUUUUUUUCUGAUGUGUAACUGCAAACUGAUAUGUAUGUUGCUGAUUUAGAUUUGCUGCUCCUGAUCUUCCUAGAUAACUCUUAACAGACCCCAUCAGUACUGGGAAGGUGUGUAAUAGUAAUAGUUGUUGAGUUUACGUUGAAUGUACAAAAUGUGAAAUGAAGUGGUGCAAAAUUAAAAAUAAUAUAUUUACCUUAAUAGAGCAAAGUAACCAAAGAAGAAAAUGUUAUAAGGUUGUUAAUAUAUGAACAUAAUGUCUCAUUGGUUGUAUUAACCAGGUGUCACUGUAUUCUGGACGUUAUUAUUGAAAUAUGCAUUUUAUACUGGGGAUGUUUUAAUAAAUGGAUUUAUUAUAA